AUUGAAUGUGUCAUUAUCUUCCUCGGUGGGCUUAUCCUCACUGAAAUCAAAGAAUCAACAAUUUACAUACACUGAAAUAGUUAGCAUUACCAAUAAUUUCCAAACCAUUAUUGGAGAAGGAGGAUUUGGAAAAGUAUAUCUUGGAAACUUGCAAGAUGGUCGUCAAGUUGCUGUCAAGUUGUUAUCUCAAUCCUCAAGGCAAGGUUAUAAAGAAUUUCUAGCGGAGGUCAAACUAUUGAUUAUUGUUCAUCACAGAAACUUGGUGUCCCUCGUUGGUUAUUGUAAUGAGCAAGAAAAUAUGGCACUUGUUUAUGAAUACAUGGCAAAUGGGAACUUGAAGGAUCAAUUUUUAGAAAAUAGCACAAAUAUGUUGAAUUGGAGGGCAAGGCUGCAAAUUGCAGUAGACGCAGCACAAGGUUUGGAAUAUCUGCAUAAUGGUUGCAGGCCGCCAAUAGUCCAUAGAGAUUUGAAAUCAUCCAACAUCUUAUUAACUGAAAACCUUCAAGCCAAGAUUGCUGAUUUCGGGCUGUCCAAAGCCUUCGCAACCGAAGGAGACUCGCAUGUCAUAACUGAUCCUGCAGGCACGCCCGGAUACAUUGAUCCUGAAUUUCGAGCAUCAGGAAACUUUAAUAAGAAAAGUGAUGUUUACAGCUUCGGUAUUCUUCUGUGUGAGCUAUUAACUGGUCAACCGCCUUUAAUAAGGGGCCAUAACGGCCACACUCACAUACUUCAAUGGGUGAGUCCUCUAGUUGAAAGAGGGGAUAUCCAGAGCAUUAUCGAUCCAAAGCUGAAAGGUGAAUUCAACACUAAUUGUGCUUGGAAAGCUCUGGAGAUAGUACUGUCCUGCGUGCCCCCGACUUCAACACAAAGGCCAGACAUGAGUGAUAUCUUGGGAGAGCUAAAGGAAUGUCUGGCCAUGGAGAUGUCAGCUGAAAUGAGCAUGCGCGAUUCCGUCAAAAUUAGCUUGGUGCUUGGCACAGAUAUGGCUCCAAAUCUUAGGUAGUUAAUAAACAAUAACGGUUUGUUUGUUGUUAAAACCUCUACGGCUUGAACUGAAUUUAUAUAUGCAUAAAACAUUAUUAUAGUAUAAAUUUACCCUCGACAUCCUUCCUUAAACCUAUCUCUAGAUAAGUCCUAGAAAAGCUCUUAAUUUGAAAAAAUCUUCACAUUUCGAAACCUUUGUAAGAA